AUGUCAACCACCCAGGAGUACAGCGUGGGUUGGAUUACUGCCAUAAAAUGCGAAUAUGUCGCCGCGCAAGCGUUUCUGGACGAUAUGCACGAGCGCCCCUCCAAUCUUCCACCGCAGGACCCAAAUGACUACGCUUUUGGCAAAGUGGGAAGCCACAAUGUUGUGAUCGCCGUGCUUCCCAUGGGAGGAUACGGGACAGCAUCAGCAGCCAAUGUUGCUACCGUCAUGACCCAAAGUUUCCCGAAUAUUCGCAUUGCACUCAUGGUUGGGAUCGGCGGCGGCGCGCCAAGCUUGAAGCAUGAUAUCCGCCUUGGAGAUAUCGUCGUCGGUACUCCCGGCAACGGUGAGAGUGGUGUUCUACAAUAUGACUUUGGAAAGACAAUUCAAGGCAAAGGCUUCCAGCCUACGGGGUUCAUCAAUCAAGCGCCUGUUGUGCUGCGCAAUGUAGUAAAUGGGCUCGCUGCGCAAUACGACUUUAAUGGCAAUGGUAUUCAUGAAGCUGUUACCGAGCUCCUAAAUGAGAAAACUCGGCUAAGGAGAGCAUAUGGGCGCCCGGACCUGACAACUGAUCGACUAUAUAAAAGCGAUAUUAUCCACCACAACAAUCAGAAUAUUUCUUGCGCAAUUAGCUGCGGUGAUGAUUCGUCUUCGUUGGUCAUCCGAAGCGAUCGUUCUCAAAGAGAGGAUGAGCCAAUAAUUCAUUACGGUCUGAUCGCAUCUGCCGAUAAACUGAUGGAGGACGCCAAGAUUAGAGACCAGUUUGUGACACACAAUGAUGUGCUAUGCUUUGAGACGGAAGCCGCUGGUCUGGUUAAUCACUUCCCUUGUCUUGUCGUCCGGGGUAUCUGCGAUUAUGCCGACUCACAUAAGAGCAAAGAGUGGCAAGGCUAUGCAGCGAUGGUUGCCGCGGCCUACGCCAAGGCCAUAAUAAAACGCCUUGCGCCGAAUCAGGUUGAGCAGGAAACAAAGAUCACUGUCGUCCUAAAGGCCGGCGAUCAUCACCACCAUGAUAAUAGCCGUCAUGAACGCAUGCAUAUCGAAUUUGCGGGUUCCAAUAGCGGUUUCCAGGUUGGUCAGAACAACGGUUCAAUCACACAUGGACAGUCCCAGCCGGUCUGGCGAUGA